AUGUCAGUUUGCGAUGUUCCACAAGCUAGCCAAGCUCUUAUUUCUCCUAUUCUGGCAGGAGUGCUUGGAAUGGUAGCUCUCAUCUUGGUGGCGUUGCGAUUGAUUCAGCGCGCCGUCUUCAAUCGACUAUUUGGACUUGACGAUGGAUUGAUCGUCGCAGCUCUGGUGUGUGCCCUUCCACUGAACUGCACGAUGUUUCCAAUGCAAAAGUUUGGUCUUGGUACCAAUAUCUGGACUAUCUCAUUUGAGCAUAUAACUAAACAAUUAGAGUUACUCUACGUAGCCGAAGUAUGUUAUAUGGCCGCCGAAGCUCUAACCCAGCUAUCAUUCCUCACCUUUUACCUGCGCAUUUUCCCAAUUCCACGGUUCCAAUUGGUCUGCUACUGUCUAAUGGGCCUCUCUAUCUGUUUCGGUAUCUCCAAUACAUUCGUCAUGAUCUUCCAAUGCACACCAGUUCCGUAUUUCUGGUCGGGAUGGACGGGUGAGUACGCGGGCUCAUGUAUCGAUAUCAAUUGGUUUUCGUGGUACAAAGCAGCUAUCCAGAUCGCGAUGGAUAUGGGAAUAAUCAGCCUUCCAAUUUGGCCCUUGGCUAAGACGAAGAUCGGCACCAAAAAGAAGAUCCAAAUCAUUAUGAUGUUCUGCACCGGAUUCUUGUGA